AUGGAUAUACUGGAAUCUCAGCAGUUGUAUGUUAAUGAGAAGAAAUGUGAGUUUUGUAAACCUAAGGUGGCUUACUUAGGGCAUAUUGUCUCUUGCGAAGGGGUGGCCGUUAAUCCAGAGAAAGUUCAAGCUAUGGUCGACUGGCCCCCACCUCGCGCCAUUAAGGAAAUACGCAAAUUUUUGGCACCUCAAGAAGGAUCCGUUCCUUUGGAAGACGAGGUUGAGGCUGCCUUUCACCUACUAAAACAGACUUUGCUCUCAACACCGGUCUUGGCUAUACCUAAUUUUGACUUACCAUUUGAGGUGGAGGUGGAUGCGUCAGGAUUUGGAAUAGGUGCAAUUCUCUCGAAAGCAGGGGUGGGGCCAAGCCCAUUUAUGAGAAAGAGUUGA